AUGAAGAUCUUCCCUGAAAGCAGCUUCUUCCAGGAGGGUCGGGCCCCUGCGCUUCCUUCACUAGCAGAAGUACGAGACCUCAACUUGAAGACAGGCAAUGUUGCCGCCACAAACCUCAACUAUCCUCCUUCUGUUAUAAUCCCAUCAUUGAGAGUAGUCAUCAAAUAUGGUCUUAGUGUGAGCAUUGUUGAGGCCCAAACACAGAUCAUGGUGCGCGAGGAAUCCCAGGGCCGCAUUCCUGUUCCCGAGAUCUUCGGCUGGAUCGAAGAUAAUGGACAGACCUUCAUAUAUAUGUCACUGAUAGAAGGUGACACUUUAGCAGAUCGAUGGGGUGGUCUAAGCGAUGACGAGAAACAAGCUAUCUGCGAGGAACUUCAUCAGUAUGUCAAGCUGUUGCGGACUUUGGAACAAGAUCCGCGAGACAAGUACAUUGGCAACUUAGACAAGAAUCCACUGACGGACAUCUAUGUUAUAGACCGUCCGGAACUGGUUGGCCCGUUUCAAGGCGAAGAUGCUGUUAACCAACUCCAGGAUGCUUGCGGGAUCGAAAUCGAUGAUGAUAUAGUAUCGUCAAUUGUGUUCACACAUAAUGACCUGAUUUCGCCUAAUAUCAUGAUAACCCUGGAUCCAAAUCCCAAAGUGGCUGCCCUUGUUGAUUGA